CGUCCCCUCGUUCAGACUUUCGCGCGCGCUCUCAGAGCAAAAUAACGAAGCUAAGCUGUCAACCCGCAGCGUUAGUUUACACCACAAUCAGACACAUUAUUGUAGAAAAUGCCGUCCUCAGACUAUGACCCGGCCUCUUUACCGGACUUACUGCCGCUGUACUACCGGAGACUCUUCCCGUUUUCUCAGUAUUACCGCUGGCUCAACUACGGAGGAGUGCAGAAGAACUACUUUCAGAACCGGGAGUUCUCCUUCACGCUGAAAGAUGACAUCUACGUGCGCUACCAGUCCUUCAGCACGCAGAACGAGCUGGAGAAGGAGAUGCAGAAGAUGAACCCGUACAAGAUUGACAUCGGGGCAGUGUACAGUCACAGGCCCAAUCAACACAACACCGUGAAGUCGGGAACCUUCCAGGCCCUGGAGAAGGAGCUGGUUUUUGAUAUUGAUAUGACAGAUUAUGAUGAUGUCAGAAGCUGCUGCAGUGCUGCAGAUAUUUGCUCCAAGUGCUGGACCUUGAUGACCAUCGCUAUCCGGAUCCUGGAUAGAGCUCUUCGAGACGACUUUGGUUUCCGGCACCUACUGUGGGUUUAUUCUGGGAGGAGAGGAGUGCAUUGCUGGGUGUGUGACGAGGCUGCCAGGAAGCUCUCUGUGGCAGCUCGCUCUGCUGUGGCAGAAUACCUCAGCCUGGUGAAGGGUGGUGAAGAGACCGUGAGGAAAGUUGUGCUGACAGAUCCAAUUCACCCUUUCAUCAGAGAGUCUUUGACAGUGGUGGAGCACUACUUUUCCCAGUAUGCACUACAGGAACAGAACAUACUGAGCAACAAGGAAUCUAUUGACAAAGUGCUGGCUCUUGUGCCUGAAGAUGUCAGAAAGGAUCUACUGCAGCAUUUCCAAACUGAGAAAAAUCCUGAGAAGCGCUGGGGGAGGCUCAAGGCUCUGGCCAAAAACAAACAGGCUGCUGUCAAGAAGGGCCAAUACUUCGAGAAAGAAAUCAUGUUGCAGUACUGUUACCCUCGGCUCGAUGUGAACGUCAGUAAAGGCGUGAACCAUUUGCUGAAGAGCCCGUUCAGUGUCCAUCCAAAAACAGGGCGCAUUUCUGUUCCCAUUGACCUGCGAGAAUUGGAGACGUUUGAUCCUUUUGAUGUGCCCACAAUCAGCCUGAUCUGCGAGGAGCUGGAUCGGCCGAGGAAAGGCGAAGAGGAAGAAGAGGAGGAUGAAACCAAGGAGAAAGAAAAUGAGAAAGACGUAGCUGAGCGACGAAAAAUUAGAGAUUACAAACGAACAAGCCUGGCAAAGUAUGUGAAAUACCUGGAUCAGUUUCUGGAUGGAAUGGCUCGCUCAUGGAAAGGAGAACUUCUCCGAAAAAGUGAUCUUCAGAAGGACUUCUGAACCAGCUCAGUGAUCACAACGGGAUACACACCUAGAAGUGCACGCUUCAUUGUUGCACAUUACUUAAUAUGAAAAAAAAAAAAAAAAAAAAAAAUGCAAUGUCCCUUUUUAUUGAACAUUGUGCUUUGGUGAUGAUGAU